AUGAAAAUAACCGCUACUAUGGGGAAGUACUACCCAAUUGUGAGCGAGGAGUACAAGAAGGCUGUUGAGAAAUGCAAGAAGAAGCUAAGAGGCUUCAUCACUGAAAAGAACUGUACUCCUCUAAUGCUCCGUCUCGCGUGGCACUCUGCUAGUACUUUUGAUGUUGGGUCUAAGACCAGAGGUCCAUUUGGAACGAUGAGGCACAAGGUUGAACUGGCUCAUGGAGCCAACAAAUGGUCACUCUCUUGUUUAAUGUGA